GAAGUCUGGUCUGGUCUGAAAGUCUGAAUCAUUAAAAAAAGAGCUCUGGUGAAGGAUCUUUUUUAUUUUUAUGAAAAGAAAAAACUUCUUAAGGCUCAUUAAUUUUCUUCCCUUGUGGAUCUCUAUGGACCUUGGACUACAAAUCCACAGCAAAGCUUCUGUGAGAGGAACCCACCUUUGUGUUUAAAUUGAAUUCCAUUGAUAAAGUGUAUAUAUCGUCUGUGAGGGUCGUCCUUGGCCUCUGAUAUGGGGUUUGAGAGGAAACUGCUGAUUCUGGGGUUUGUGUAUGCUCUGCAGACAUCUGUGUUUGGGUGUCAGAAUGGCUUCCAAAUGAUUGGCAACAAUUGUGAAGAUAUAGAUGAGUGUAAAGACUAUCCAGGAUUGUGUGGGAAUAACUCAAGGUGCUUAAACACCAACGGCAGCUACCACUGCAACUGUCUUCCCGGGUUUGUAAACUCAAAGAGGAAACUAAACUUCUCUGCUUCAGAGGGACAGUGUCUUGAUAUUAAUGAAUGCACAGACAGCCCUCCAAAAUGUACUCCUUAUGGUAAAUGCUUGAAUCUGCUUGGUAGCUAUGAAUGUUCCUGUAACUCUGGGUACAGCAACAAAAGCCAAGGAGAAUGUAAAGACAUAGAUGAAUGCAAGAUAAAUGCCAAUAUCUGUGGAGAGAAUGGCAGCUGUAAAAACCUCAAUGGGAGUUAUCAAUGCCUCUGUAAUGCAGGAUUCACCUCCUACGGCCAAGAAAGAACACAAUGCUCAGGGGAGUGAGCAUUGGUUUACCAAACAUAGAUAAAGCUCAAAUGUGACCGCUUUAGUGCCGACAGCAAUCUUGUGAAGUCACUUGGAGGUCUGGCAGACAUAGUGGCCAUGAUGAGAAACAGCUGUUUGGAUUUGUCCAACAUGAGCUUUGGGAAGGCUGAUGGAGAUGCGCUUCUUGAGAAACUUCUGACUGCGACUGACUCAGUUCUGUCCUCUGGAGAUGUGGAAAGCGAAGACGGUGUGAGUGGGCUGCUUAACACUAUGGAGAAGGCCAUUUUACUGAUUGGUCCUCAGCUCAAAGCCAACGACACAAAGAUGGAGACUAAAAAAACAGAAGUAAAAAUUGCAGUAAGAAGAGGACUUAACCGUCCAACUGGACCAGUCAGUUUAACUAGUGAACAUGUUCAUCUCAACACUGAUUGGACAACGGCAGCUGGCACAGGCCCAUACCCUGGAUUUGCUUUGGCCUCACUGCUGAGCUACAAGAACCUUGAAAGAUCUGUGAACAGAUCUUUUAAAGUCAUGAAAGACUUUGAAAAAGAUGCCAUUUCCUUCCAGAUUUUUUCCAAAGUUGUCUCUGUUGUGGUUUCCAACCCAUCAACUCAGAAUCUGAGCAGCCCUGUCAACAUAACAUUCAGACAUCUACAGGAUAUAAAACAGCCCCCUGAGGCAAGAUACAUCUGUGCAUACUGGAAUGAGAAGGGAGUCUGGUCUCCAGAUGGUUGCUCCCAGGAACUCUCCAAUGACUCAUACACUGUGUGUUCAUGCAAACAUCUAAGCAGCUUUGCUGUCCUAAUGGCCCUUUAUCCCAUGAAGCACACCUUUGAACUCCAGCUGCUGACCAAGAUCGGCCUGGGCAUCUCCCUUGUUUGUCUUCUACUGAGCAUCCUGACCUUCAAGUUCUGCCGAUCCAUUCAGGGAACACGAACCACCAUCCAUCUGCACCUCUGCAUCUGCCUCUUCAUGGCGGAUCUCAUCUUCUUGGUUGGGAUUUCUCGAACUAGUCCUAAGGGUGGCUGCAGUUUUGUUGCUGCAAUGCUUCAUUUUUUCUUCUUGGGCGUAAUGACCUGGAUGCUUCUAGAAGGAGUUCAGCUGUACAGAAUGGUUGUCCUGGUGUUUAAUGCCACCAUUCGGCCCCUCUAUCUGUACCUCAUUGGUUACGGGGUGCCUCUUGGAAUAGUUAUCAUAUCUGUCAUGAUCAGAUCAGGAGGCUACGGCACUGAAGAUCAUUGCUGGCUUUCUCUGCAGCAUGGUCUGAUCUGGAGCUUCUUUGGGCCCGUUUGCUUCAUCAUCAUCCUGAAUGUCUUUUUCUUCAUCAUCACCGUCUGGAAACUCGCCCAAAAGUUUGCCACGCUAAACCCAGACCUCUCCAAGCUGCACAAAAUCAGAGCUUUCACAGUCACUGCCGUUGCCCAAAUGUGCAUACUUGGACUCAUGUGGGUAUUUGGAGCCUUCUUGUUCAGCGAAGGCACAAUAGCGCUUGCAUAUAUUUUCACUAUCCUCAACAGCCUACAGGGUGCCCUGGUCUUCAUCAUGCAUUGCCUGCUGUCUAAACAGGUGAGAGAUGAGUAUGUUCAGCUUCUCUCCUGCGUCUGCACACCACAAAAGAAGAGGUACUCAGACUUCAGCAGCACCAAUCCGUCCAGCAGUCAAUCUCAAGGUUCCCGGAGUGGGCAGAUCACAGGAGAAUCCCAAAUAUGAAGAGCUACGCUGUUUUUCCUCAGCCUCAUGGACAGAAAAUAAGCCAUUCAGACUGACAUUGAAAUAGCCAAGAAAAAAAAUUAACUCCUCUCAUGCCUAUAUUUUAGGGUUUUUAAUUUAUUGAUCUUUCAACCUGCCAUUUCUGACCAUUGGAAUAGCAAAAAAAAAACCCCA